AGCAGCAGCCGCAGCUGCAGCAGCCACAGCUGCAGGCACAGGCUCAACAGCCGCAGCAGCCACAGCUGCAACGGCAGCCCCAGCCACAGCAGCUACAACUGCAACAGCUGCAACAGCAGCCACAACUGCAGCCACAGCCGCAGCAGCUACAGCCGCAGCAGCCACAGCCGCAGCAGCCACAGCCGCAGCAGCCACAGCCGCAGCAGCCACAGCCGCAGCAGCCACAUCAGUUACAACAGCAGACGGCAGGGCCUCAGCAACAGCGCGAGCUGUUCCAGCCGCAAAGUAGAAACCCAACGCAGUAUCUACCGCACCAACAGUCCCACCCAACAGCACGGCCUGGGACCUCUACUCCCUCUGACGAGGCACUUCGCGCUCCAAAUGGUUAUUUUGCUGCGGCUGCUGCUUCUGGUAUUGGCAAUCAGGUUGGUGCGUGGAGCGAACCCCAGAAGCAGCCCAUGAAGUGCACGCUUGCUGCGGGAGAUGCAUCAGCAGGCGAGUUCACCUUUGCGCAGCAGCAGCCGCCAACACAGCAGCGGCAGCAGAUGGAGGAUCAGCAUCGGGGGAUGCCGUUGCAAACGCAGCAGCAGCAACAGGAUCUUUUUUAUUCAACCCGGCAGCCUCAGUCGGAAACCAUGCAGCAGCCAAUGCCUCCGUUUCCCGUGCAGGAUACACAAGGACACAAACCCUUUCAACCCCAUCAGCAGCAGUAUCGGCCGCAGCAGCAGAAUCAUCAGCAGCAGCCCCCCCAGCAGCAGCCUCCACAGCAGCAACCCUUGCUCCCUCAGCAGCAAUUUCAGCAGCAACAAACUCUGCAGCAAGAGCAGCAACGAGCGGUGGAGCCCGCUGCAUCUCAGCAGCUGCAGCAUAUGGGGCCUCUGCCUGUCACGCAGGGUGGGGGCUCGUUGCAACAGCAGCAGCUGCAACAGUGGCAGCAGCAGCACUACAAUGCGUCCCACAGGAGUGCCCCCCAGACGUUCCAGCAGGAACGGCGGGCGCCUUCUCUUAUGGGGGUAGGCACAGGCUCGUUUCCUCCAAGCGCAGAGCCAAAUGGAGUCAAAAGCUCUGCGGAUAGAGGUGAACAUGGGCAAAAGCGGCAGCAGCAGGAGCAACAGGACAAUAUUCCAGAAGACAUGCCACCGCUGCAGCCACUUGCACGCCCCAUCAACAACCGAAUCGACCCAGCCCAUAUUCCUCGCCCUGAAUGGAAUGGCUAUGCCACCGUGGCUGUACUGCGCCUGAAUGGGGCUGCAAUAGCCAAGGCAGCAGGGCUGCCUCUUGUAGUGAGGAGAACGUCCGUUAUUGCUUGCUAUGCUGCUGUUGUGAAGGUUCCGGCGUUUAGCCACAGUCUUGAACUCUCACGACUGCCGUUCGCCAUCAUCGUUGCCCCCUUUGCCGCACAGCCGCCCACUGAAGAGGCAGUACCUCUGGUGGACUUGCGACUCAGCAGGAGACAGGCGGAGCAGCCCUGUUCGUACGGUGACCCAGGAGCAACAGCAGCAACUGAUCAGGACGCUGCAGAUGCCAAGGCGAGGACGGACUUCUUUGGGGGUUAUUUUGAGGUUGAAGAGUCAGAUACAGAGGAGGAAGCCAGUACAGGGAGCAGCAACAGCAGCGGGAAUGCAGCUUCUGCCGUUAGCAGCAGGAGCAGGAGCAGCUCUCGAGCAGUAGCCAACGGUGAGGGAAUAGUUCGGUGCAGUACCUGCAUGGCUUACCUAAGUCCGUUCAUGUCAUGGGCCAGCAAUAGCACGCACUGCUUGUGUAACCUCUGUGGCUCCUCGUUUGAGCUACCCCCCUUCUAUCUGACACUGUUGGAUCGCUACCGCAGCGGCUUGCGCGCUUGCAGCAGCGGUAUGGGGGCAGCGUCAUCAGAAGGGGAGCGAUACUUUAGACAGCGCAGACAGGAAUUGUGGAAAGGGUCCGUCGAUUUUGUGGCCCCUCGGGCCUUUGCUGACGCCUGCAAACUCACCCAGCUGCAGCACAAGAGGAGGGAACACUUGCUCAGGCUAAUGCAGGUGCAGAACGAAGCCACCCGGCAGCACCAGCUGAGGCAGCAGCAACUGCACCAAGCAGAGCAGCCGGGCGUGCAGCAGCAAUUCGGUGGAACCCGCCCGGAGGAGCCGUCGAUGCAGCCGAGCAACUGGGGGAGAGCGCAUGCUAGUGCUUCGGCUAGGACGGAGCCUGACAGCCAGAGUGGGGAUUUCUUUUCUCGCAGUUGCAGCAGCAUCAACAGCAGCAGCAUGCGGCCUUGUAUCGUCUUUGUAAUUGAUGCCACUUCUCCAAGUAUCACUUCGGGUCUUUCACAUGCUGUUGCUGCGGGACUGGAGCAAGUGCUUCGCGAGGUGUACCUGCAGGUGGAUAUCUGCCUGAUUCUCGUCGCUGACAGACUAUAUUUCAUUCCGAAUAUCAACAAGCCCGGACCACCGCAGCAGCAGCAGCAGGGUUUGCAGCUUUUGGUUGUCGACGACGUUUUGGAUCCAUUUGUGCCUGCUCCAAUAGAGCAUUGCUUCUUCCGACCACAGGACAGAGAAGCACUACUGUGGGCAGUGUCGCUGCUCCCUGCGGCUCUCAACAGCUGCGUCAACGUCUCGCAUAGCUCAGCAGCGAAUGCUGCUCUAAAGGUAGCGGUCGACUUGAUAGCCGAGAGAUCCGCGGGAGGGAUGGUGGAGAUGUUUUACUGUAUCCUUCCAGACGUCGGGAUCGGAGCGCUAAAGCAUUGCACUACGGCAUCAGAAGGACCAACAAAAGCCACCGAGAUCCACCAACAAGAUUUCUACAACUCCGUCAUAACCCAAUGCUUUGCAUCGUGCUCAUGCGUAGAUGUCUACGCGUGCCCCCCGCCCAACCUAACCCUGGAGCUCCAGUCCUUAGGCUUUCCUGCUCAGCAAACCGGAGGAGACAUCCGCUUCGUGCCAGAAUUCUGCGGCUCAAGAGACAAGGAAUGGGUGGCCGCUGAGAUAAGGCGAAUUUUCACCUCUUGCUUCUACUUCGAUGUUGAGUUCAAACUGCGCCUCUCGAAGGUCCGUCCUGUCUAUCUUGCUGCAGCGUUUGCCAUAUCCACAUCUCUCCUGCUCGCUGUAGAAAUAAGGGAUAGGUUGGAGACGCAGAAGAACGUUUAUGCCCAAAGUGUCUGCGCCUACACCCCGAUGCACCCUUCUAAGAAAGUACCGAAUCGGCGUCUGCUCAGAGUGCACUCGUUGUCGUUACCCAUAACGUUUUCUCUCGCCUCUUUGUUCCGCUAUGCAGAGGUGGACGCUACGGCUUUCCUAAUGGCUAGGACUUCGGCUAUAAUGGAGCUUCAUCAGGAACCGCAGUGGCGGGAAAAAGCCAUCAAGAACCUCGUCGAGAUACUUAGCGCCUAUCGCAUGAAUUGUGCAAGCGCAUCCUCGGAGGGUCAGCUUAUCCUGCCAGACUCUCUGAAGCUCCUCCCAGUUUACCUGCAGGCGUUAUUUAAGCACGCUGCUUUCCGCCAGUCGACAGUGGACCCACAGCUUUUUGGAUUCGACGCACAACUUGACGAGCGCUCAACGGCGGAACUUCACCUUCAGAAUGUUGAAGGAACCGCGGGAGAGAGAAUCCUUCGUGUCGUUGAGCAAGUUCGCUUUGAAAAGUUUGACGCCCCUUACAUCCCCUUGCGAAUUGUCGCGCCAAAGUCGUAUGAUGAAACGCGUUUGUUGACCCAUCUCAUUGAAGACCCACUGAGCGGAGAUGGAAGCUACGUGGAUUUCCUGUGCGACCUUCACAAGCGUGUUCACGCCAGGAUGGAAGACAACUGA